AUGCGGGUCAUACUAUCAAUCAACGCCGGCUCGAGUUCCGUCAAGAUAUCCGUAUAUGCCGCAGAGCAUGGCCAAGCGCCGUCACAAUUAGCGGAAGCUCAGCUGAGCGGCCUCACAUCACCACCAGCUGAGUUGAAGUAUUCCCGGAAGGAUGUUACUGUCUGCAAGGACAAGAAGGUGGGAGAGGAUGUGAAGAGCCAGGAUGAUGCUUUCAAGGUCCUGCUCAAAACCCUUGUCGAGGACUCGGAUCUGGCGGAAAUCUCCAAGAAGGACGACAUCGCCAUUGCGUGCCACAGGAUUGUUCACGGCGGUGACUAUACUACGUCCCAGAAGAUCACCGAGGAUACUUACCACCAUCUUGAGGCUCUGACCGACCUCGCGCCCCUGCACAAUGCCAGCGCCCUCGAGAUUGUUAAGUCGUGCAUGGUUGAGCUACCCAAGGCUACCAAUGUCGCCUGUUUCGACUCGCAAUUCCACAGCUCUAUACCAGAGCAUAUUCGUACUUACCCCAUCAACCCGGAGAUCGCCAAGAGCAACAAGCUGAAGAAGUAUGGGUUCCACGGAAUCAGUUACCAGUUCAUCACAUAUUCGGUGUCCAGGUUCCUCAGCAAAUCGCCGAAGGACCUGAACAUCAUCGCGCUACACCUUGGCAGUGGUGCCAGCGCUUGCGCGAUCAAGGCCGGAAAAAGCUGGGAUACCAGCAUGGGCUUGACGCCUCUGGCAGGCUUGCCGGGUGCCACUCGUAGUGGCAGCGUGGAUCCCAGUCUGGUAUUUCACUACGCCAGUGACGUGGGCAAGCUUUCCCCAUCUUCGACAAAGGAGCUGCACAUCUCACGUGCCGAGGAGAUCCUGAACAAGGAAAGCGGCUGGAAAGCUCUCACGGGCACGACCAACUUUGGCAUCAUCGCCGCGUCAGACGAGCCCAAGCACAAGCUCGCCUUUGACCUCUUCGUAGAUCGUAUAUGCGGGUUCGUGGGAAGCUACUACGUAUCGCUCGGCGGCAAGGUGGACGCGUUGGUCUUCGCGGGCGGCAUCGGCGAGAAGAGUGACAAGCUGCGCCGGCGGGUCGUCGAGCAGGUUUCGUGUUUGGGGUUCGAAGUGGAUGAUGCGCUGAACGGCAAGCAGAUCGAGGACGUCGUGCAAGAUGUCGGCAAGAAAGGCGCAAAGCACCGGACGCUGGUCUGUCUUACGGAUGAGCAGUUCGAGAUGGCCAGGGGUUGUGCCGAGGACCCCGAAUUAAAGUGA